AUGAAGCAAAUUUACAGAGUUCCUUUUGAGAGAAACACAGAACGUGUAAAACAACUGCGAUAUGACUAUGUGCAGAGAGUGAUGGAACUAGAAGCAGAUGCAAUGGGACAUGAGCUACUUUUUGUAGAUGAGGCCGGUUUUAACCUCAGUAAAACCAGGAGACGUGGCAGGAACAUUACUGGACACCGUGCCAUCAUCAAUGUCCCAGGACAACGUGGUGGUAACAUAACCAUGUGUGCAGCUAUAAGCCAAAAUGGUGUUGUUCACCAUCAUGCAACCAUAGGCCCAUACAACACUGCACACAUUAUUGCAUUCCUGGACACCUUACAUGACAUGCUAACUGUUCAGAGACCAGAGCAUACCCGAUAUGUCAUCAUAUGGGACAAUGUUAGUUUCCAUAGGGCUGCUUUGGUCCGCAACUGGUUUACAGACCACCCAUCCUUCAUGGCACUCAACCUCCCUCCAUACUCUCCAUUCUUAAAUCCCAUCGAGGAGUUCUUCUCUGCCUGGCGCAGGAAAGUGUACGACCGUCAUCCUCAUCAACAGGUAGCCCUUUUACAGGCAAUGGAGGAGGCAUGUGGAGAUAUUGACCAGGCAUCAUGUCAGGCCUGGAUACGGCAUUCAAGGAGAUAUUUUCCCCGGUGCCUUGGACUGGAGGAUAUUGCAUGCGAUGUGGACGAAAUUUUGUGGCCGGACCCAGAAAGACGACAUGAUGUAGGCUGA